AUGGUGUCUCAGGAUCCCGCGGCCUCUGCUGUCCCAGAUUCGGCGUGCUCUGAGGCGCACAGUGAGAUCCAGCGGUGCGCGAUGCUCCGCAUCGACGGGAUGACUUGCUCUAACUGCAGUGGCGCCGUCACCAAGGCAUUGGAGAGCCACGAGCGGGUCGUCAAAUGCGAGGUGGACCUCAUCAACGAGAAGGCAACGGUUUGGUACCGUGCGUCAGAGAAGUUCACCGCGGGCGACAUCUGCUCCGAGGUGGAAGACAUCGGCUUCGGCGCCACCGCCAUCUCGGACACGCUCGUGUCUCCCACCGAGGAGGGCGGCACGGCAAUGCUCCACCUCGUGGACCCCGAGGGCGGUGCCGCCUCCGCCGCGGCCCUCCGGUCCGCCGGGGGCGUCGCAGACGUGCUGGUGGACGGCGGCCUCCUGGUGGUGACCUACGACCCCGCGAAGGUGGGCGCCCGCGCGCUCCUCCAGUCUCUCCGUGCGGCCAGGGGCGGCGCCGGCGCGUCCCUCGCACCGCCCGACCUGGUCGCCGCCAGGUCUGCCACGGAGCGCCUGCCAGAGGGGCUGGUGGCGGCGGUGGCCCUCACCGCCGCGAUCAUGGCCGUUUGCUGGGUGCUGCCGUGCUUCGGGCACUGCGCCCUUUUCCUCAACAUUGAGGUCGUCCCCGGCCUCACGCUUAUGAUGGUGCUGCUCUGCGCCCUUGCCACGCCCGUGCAGUUGUACAGCGGCUGGCGCUUUCACGCCGGAGCUUACCACGCUGUGAAGUCGGGCGUGUGGGACAUGAACGUGCUCGUGUCCUUGGGCAGUGGCCUGACGUUCGGCUACUCCUUCCUGGUGAUCGCGUUCGUGGUCACGGGCAGCAGGCAUCACGAUUUCCACCACUGCAAGAUCCCCCCCUCGGCCUUCUUCGAGGCGCCCUCGGUGGUAGUGACAUGUAUCCUCGUGGGCAAGACUCUCGAGUCCUGGGCCAAGAGGAAAACCUCGCGGUGCUUGCGCGAUCUGCUGACGCUGCAACCGCCCACUGCUCACUUGCUGCUGGCAGGCUGCACCGAGUCUGAGACUGUGCCUGUGGAGCUCCUGGAGCUGGGGGACACCCUGCAGGUCUUCCCCGGGGAGGCGGCCCCCGCCGACGGUGUGCUCGCCUCCGAGGCGGGCGCGGCCGAGUUCGACGAAUCGCUGCUCACGGGCGAGUCGCGCCCGGUGACAAAGCGGAAGGGGGAUUUCAUCAUCGGCGGCUCCAAGUGCGUCAGCGGCAGGGUGGAGUUGCAAGUGCAGCGCCUGGGCAGCCGCACCAUGCUCUCGCAGAUCAUGGGGCUGGUGCAGAAGGCGCAGCUGAACAAGGCGCACGUGCAGCAGGUCGCCGACGAGAUCGCCCAGCGCUUCGUGCCCUGUGUGGUCCUGCUCGCGAUCCUGACCUGGGCCACAUGGAUCGUCCUCGUCUACCGCCUCGACCUGGUUCCACUGUCGUCCAUCGUUGGCGGCCACCCCAGCGAUUGGCCAGAGCUCGACCGGCUCCUAUUCGUGCUGGAGCACGGCCUGACCGUGCUGCUCGUUGCCUGCCCGUGCGCGCUCGGGCUUGCCACCCCGACCGCCGUCAUGGCCGCGACGGGUGCGGCGGCCAAGCAUGGCAUCUUGGUCCGCACCGGCGCGGUCCCGUUGGAGCUGGGCUCGAAGGUCAACUGUGUCGUCCUGGACAAGACUGGCACCCUCACGUGCGGCCGGCCCAAGGUCACGCAGGUCGCUGCCGCCUGGGGCAAUGGCGGCUCUCAUCCGCCAGCGCUGCACAGGCUCGUGGAGGAGCACCGCAAGGUCACUGGCGCCUCGUCGCGGGCAGCGCUGGAGCUGCCGACGGUGGCGAUGACGUGGCUGCAGGAGUACGGCAGCGCCCAGGACGGCGUGCUCCCGAAGGUAGACGCUGCGGCGAGGCCCGCGCAGUUGAUGCGCGGGGAGGUGGAGCGCGCACUGUGGUGGGCCAUCGGCUCUGCAGAGGUGUCCAGCGAGCACCCCGUGGCGAAGGCGCUUGUCGAAACGGCCAGCGUGGUCACGAGGGGCUCUCUGACGAAGCCGGGCACCUUCGAGAACAUCACGGGGGUCGGGGUGCGCUGCGCCCUGUCUGGCCUAGCCGUGGACGUCGCGUCCGCGACGAGCGUCCUGGAGCUAGGCAGUGGAGCCCCCGCCGGCGUGGGCGCCUCGCUCUUCGAGUGGGCGGCGGCCGUGCGGGCCGCAGGCGCCACGGUGGUGGCCCUCGGAGUGGAGGGCGUGCCCCUCGCGGCGGUGGCGCUGCAGGACGAGCUGGCGCCGCACGCGUGCUCGUGCGUGGCGGCGCUGCAGGUGGCGGGGGCGGAGGUCUGGAUGUGCAGCGGGGACCACCGGGAGGCUGCGCGCAGCGUUGCGCGCCAGUGCGGCAUCGACGAGUCGCGCGUCGUGGCAGAGGCGCUUCCGCCGGACAAGGUGGCUUUGAUCGAGAGGCUCCGAGUCACAGACGACAAGGGUGGCGGAGGCAAGGUGGUCGCCAUGGUCGGUGACGGCGUGAACGACGCUCCCGCGCUGGCCACCGCCGACAUUGGCAUCGCCAUCGGGGCAGGGCACGACGUCACCGUGGAGGCUGCCGACAUCGUCCUCGUGCGUUCGGACCUCCGCGACCUCGCAGCCUUCUUCAUGCUCUCGCGUGAGACUCUACGGACGAUCAAGUUUAACUUCCUGUGGGCGUUUCUAUUCAACAUCUGCGCGCUGCCAGUGGCGGCUGGUGCGCUGUGGCACUGGAGGAUCACGCUGAGCCCUCCCCUGGCUGCAUGCGUGAUGCUGAGCUCAUCACUCUUUGUAUGCCUCAACUCGCUGUGGCUGACCAGCUUCCAGCCCGCCAGUUCUACCUGGGUGCUGAAGUUGCUGUAG